AUGAAAGCUGAGAGUUCGAAAGUCGCCAUGAGACGUUUGUCUCCAGAAACACUCGAGUUGAUACGUCAGCGUGGAAUCGCACAAGCUGCAGGCAACCGCGAACUAACGACCGAACUUGCAAAACAAUGUAGACAGGCGAUAAAAGAAGAUCUUAAAGAGAGAAGGGCAGCAGUAAUACUCGAAGUCUGGGAAAACUAUUCGCAAAGCCCACCGAAGCUUCGCCAAUUACAAGACCAAAAAUUGCACUCCGGCGCCCAGAUGGAACAGUUACAGCGUCCAUAA